AAUGCAGCUCCACACCUUUCCGGUGUAGCAGCACUGCGACCACCUCGACUUAAAGGAGAAAGAAGAGCUGGGUCUACUUAUCGAGACAGGAGGGGGAGAUAGGAGGGGGAUAAGAAGUGGACUUUCAUGAGAGGACACAUGUGUUGCUGAGUCACCGAGGGGAGUUUUCUCGAAGACGUCCCUACCAGUGAACCGGUACCCGGCGCGACGCUUGAUGGACUAGCCGCAGAAAGCUGCUCCGGUAGCGGUGAAGAGAACAAGGGCGCACCCGAUGAGGAGGACCGCUAGACACAAACACCAGGAGGAAUUCACAAGCACCGCGGCUUUUUGGGGGCCUUAUACACACACUGUGUCUGCCGUCUGCUGUUUUUGACCGUCUGUCUCUGUCACGCAGCUUUAUGUUGAUUUGGGCAGCGGAAUGAACGUCCCGCAACAGCUGCUGCCAAGUUCUUAGCCUCACCGUGCCAUGUUGUGUGCAGGCCCUGCAGACAGUGUGAUACUCUGAACAUAAAUGUCCCAGCACUUCACUGGACGCACACACUCAAAAGUCAAACGCCUUUAAGUACUGUUCGUUAGGUUUUGAGAUGAGUGUUCAUUUUUGACUUUUCCCCCCCCACCCCUUCCUCACCGAGUCAUGUUUUCACAAGUAAACUGAAGCUAUAGUCAAAGUGAAUAACCCAUCAGCACGGUAUCAGACAUUUUUCUCGUUAGGAAUAAAGUAUUUAUGCACAAGAGUUCAAAAUGGGGAAAAUGCUGUCUAAAAUAUUUGGCAACAAGGAGAUGAGAAUAUUAAUGCUCGGACUCGAUGCUGCUGGAAAGACAACUAUCCUUUACAAACUGAAACUCGGACAGUCUGUCACCACAAUCCCCACAGUCGGCUUCAAUGUGGAGACUGUCACCUACAAAAAUGUCAAGUUCAACGUCUGGGAUGUUGGGGGCCAAGAUAAGAUUCGCCCCCUGUGGCGACACUACUACACGGGCACCCAGGGGUUAAUUUUCGUGGUGGAUUGCGCGGACAGGGAUCGCAUCGACGAGGCAAGGCAGGAACUCCACCGCAUCAUUAAUGACCGGGAGAUGAGGGAUGCCAUCAUCUUGAUAUUCGCCAAUAAGCAAGACCUUCCGGACGCCAUGAAGCCACAUGAAAUCCAGGAGAAGCUCGGCUUGACCCGCAUCAGAGAUAGGAAUUGGUAUGUUCAGCCCUCCUGUGCGACCACAGGUGAUGGACUGUAUGAGGGCUUGACAUGGCUAACCUCAAAUUACAAAUCUUAAUGAUUGAGUGCUGACUGUUUUAGGUCAAAACUAUAAUAACGUUGCAAGUAACAAAUAACUUCUCAAAAUGAGUAUGGUUAAGAAAAAGUUGAUUAUCUCCCAUUUAUUUUUAAUACUACGUUUACCCCAUGACUAAUUUAUCUUUAACUGGGUUUGCUGGCUUCAAAGUUUGCUUGUACUCUGUAGCAGGCCUAUAUCACAUUCAUUAUCUUGGGGCUUGCUUGAUGAAUAUUGAAUUGGGCCUAAUCUUAAAAGCCACAGAGAUCACCGCCUUUGCCUGUUCUUUUCCCUGUUUUGUAUGAUUUUUCUAAUGAAGCUGAAGAUUUUGUCUUCAUUCUCGGACUAAAACUUUGUUUAAAUGUUCUUCAGUCUCUGUUGCAUUGAACUUGGAUCUUUCAUUUUUUCCUUCUAAGGGUGAGAUCUUUAAUGUCAUGUAGCAUACUUGAAGGACUUUGACAUUUGUUCUAACACCGUGCUGUGAUGAAAAGUAUUUCUUCUCAAUGGUAUUGAAGGGAGUGAAAAAAAAGUGAAGUCUCACCAUUGCUUACAUUUCAUUGUCACCAGUCUGUGACAUCAGAGAGACAAAAUUACUUCAGACAUGUUUUGUUACCCCUCCCAAUCCCUUUAUGUGGGCUAUAUAGUUUACUGAUUGACCUUUUGUGUCACGUCUUGAUACCUAAUUGUGCUAAAUAUUCAACAAAUAGGCCUCCAGUAACUCUUUAAACAUGCUUGUCGGGAUGCAUUUUUUUUUUAAUUUUUUGGGGGGGUAACACGUAGUCAGUUGACUCAAUCUUUCCAAAGGAAUGUCAUUCAGCUCUGAGCUCUCUCAAUCUGAUACCACAGUUGAUUAGUCUCAGUAUUGGGACAUUAUAUGAUAGCCUAUAUCUGUAGCAUGAGUACGAAAGUACAGUAACCCUACAUCAGAGUCCAUCUGUCGUGCAGUCAGAGGGAGCUGUUUACUGGGGGAACGUUGAAGACACCCUGUGGUGCAGCUCUUGUUUUGACUGGGGGAACCAUGUACAGAACAAUGUCAUUGUAAUGUCUUAUUAAAAAAGUGAUUUUAAA